CAUUCUGUCGGUCCCAGAGAGGUCAGUUUUUUACUGAUGAUAGCAAUCAAAACGAGAAGGUAAUAUUGCAUCGGUUUUUUUGUUUGUGGAUUCCUGGCAAGAUUUGUCUUUUUUGAUGAUAGCGUUUUUGGUCGAGAGAAAGAUUUCGUUCAAUUGUUUUCUUGUUGUCUCAUCAAUCUUUGAGAUGUUCAGAUGGCCAUACUACAAAAUGUUGUGUGUAAGAACUUGGGAGUCGUCCUCGUAGAUGGCUGCCAUUUGGUCCCUACGAUCUGAAUUUGGAUGAUCUUAUAAAUAUGGGGUAAAUAAUUGGUUGAAAGGGUGGCAGCAUAUAGUCCUAACGCAAAAAAAAAAAAAACCUACGGUGAUCACGAAUAAUCAUAACAGAGGCACACACAUGACAUUUCAUUUUGACCAACUCUUGUUGAAUUUCCUUUUCACCAGAAACUAACUCCCUCUGGCUCCAUUCCCUUUCGACAAGACACCUUUUUGUAAUUCGUCAUAAAAAUUGAUUUCCUCUGCAUAGUUAUUUCGAAAAGUUCAUCCACGACCAAGCGAGUAAACGGAGUAUUGUUCUUUUCGUUCCACCUAAACAAUUACUUAGAAUUUAACUACUUACUUAUCAAAACAGAAGGAAAUCAUUUUCUGAAAAUGUCGUCGUCCCAACAACAGUCCGCUCAGAAUUGGAGCAGCCGUGGCGUGCGCAUGGACAUGCCUGAUCCUGCUCAAAUCCAAAAGCAGAAGGAUGGCUUCAACCAAAUGUUGGAACAACAGGUCUGCCAUGUUAACUUAAGCUCCUAUGUGUGCUUUCUAUUUCAAUAUGAAGUAAGGAACCAUAUGUGUGUUUUCUAUUUCAGGAUUCAUAACCUAACCUAACUAUCUUGAAGAAGUUUUAUUAGCUUUUCUAAGUCUAACUUCAUCAUAAGCGAAUAAAUCUGUUUCGUGAAUACCCAUCAUCCAAUCUUAUCCUUCGUUAUGCACAAUACUAGCAAUUUUUAUAGACUGACACUGUCUGCUACAUCGUACACGACAUCCUGUUGCUGGCUGCUUUUUUUACAUGGCAUAUUUAUAGUACGGGCGUUUCUAGCAAUUUGCUUUACUAAUGUUAUCAUUAGAAUUCUACCAAAAAGUUAUCUACCUACUGAAAUGCAGAUGAAGCAGGGUCUUGAGGCGCUGGAUGCGCAGACGAAGAGCCAGAAGCAAUUUAUGCGAGAGCAGGCAUCCCAGCAGAAAUCUCAAUACGCUAUGCAGAUUGAUAUGGAAGUGAAGCAACAGGUAAUUUUUAUGUUGGAAAAGUGGCUCUUGCUCUACGUUUGAGUUUGAGAGAUUCAUCUGCGACUCUAUUCUAGAUGAGUGGAGUCGCUAUAAUUGGCAGCUCAUUCAAGAAAAUAUUGUAGACACAUAUCUGUCAUCUUCGUAUGUCAAUGAGAAGCGUGUUGAACAUCAAAAAUGAAAAACCGUAUCCUGGGUUCUUGAAAGGAGGAUGUUCAUCACUUUCUCUUGACGCUGCUGAUCCAAAUCGAAAAUCAAAAACCAGGAAAUGUUGUUGGAUCAACAGCGUCAAGAGAAAGUGAUGCAGCUUCAGCAGGGUAUCGCCAUGCAAAAGCAGCAGAUGGAACAGCAAACCAUGGCGAUGAUGAUGGAGUAUCAGCAAAAGAAGGCAGAGGAGGAAAUGAAGCGUAAUCAAGUCGAGAUGGAACGCAAACAGCACGAAAUGCAGUCGAAGAUGAAAAAGGUACUGUCUUCUUCGUGCUGACCAUGAAGUAGUCCUUUUUGUGAUUUUAAGAGUUCUGUACGAGGGUCAGAAGUGGUGAUAUUCCUGAUUCUCAUCGUCAUCGUCAUAUUAUGAGAACAAUGCUCUCUCAACGACCACUACAACGAGCAUACCUUUCUUUGCAGGAAAUGGACAAAUUUUCGACGAGUUUCUCAAGCGGUUUCGGCGACAGACAGGGGUGGUCGAAUGGCAGCUCUGGAUACUAUUACUGAGCUCAGGUUGUAGUGACCUGCUAGCAAGGAGAGCCAGACGAUUUUUGGUUCCGCGGGUGCGAAAGGUUCAAAGGAUCUCCACCACAGUCGUGUGAUCAUAUCCUCCCCAAUUUAACGAGGGAGGUAAUUGUGAAUUGUAUCGCGGUCCUUUUCCUGUUUAGAAGGCUAGGUAGUUUUCAUUUGUGUAGAAAUGCGACUCUGCAUUACAAAAGUUUGCACCAUGCAUAUUCUCAUACGUAGUUGCAUCAUGCAGUUUCUUACACAGUAAGGAGAACAAGUAACAGUAUCAUUGAAUUCACGAUCGUAUUGGGCAUCAUCGCAGGCAUACCUACUCUCUUGUCACAUUCAUAAUUACGAACACUAAAUCAAAUAUUUUGAGUCAUUUUUCUACUCACUUUUUCUUAAAAGACGCCAAAAUCGCCGACCAAAUGAGACAGCGAGCCGGAUGUAAAUUUUGUACAGCACCUUCGUGCAUAUUUGUGUAGAAUCUAAGUCAGAAAAUUGACGUAAGCACUGUUGCAGGAAAGGAAUGAAUUACACGGGACCUCUUCGCUCCCCACAAGUCAUAUGAAGAAAUGCAACAAAGACUUAAAAACAAGUGAAUACGAAACAGCAUGGUCCUGGUCAGUGAGGUAGAAGAAUGAUGG